CUGCAGCUGAAUUCAGUAUGGCAUCAGAAAAGACCACAAAAAAAGAUCUGCUAAAGGCUGAGGAACAGCAGCAAGCGAGUGUUGUCAAUCGGGUAACCAGCUUGCCCUUGCUCAACUCUGCAUUCAACCUUGUCUCAUCUGCCUACAACUAUACCAAGGAGACGCAUCCUUGCCUCAAUGGUGUCUGCAAUAUGGCUGAGACUGUGGCUGCUGUCGCAGUAGGUAGCAUGGUUGGUGGGGCACAGCCCAUCCUGAACCAACUUGAGCCACAAAUUGCACUUGUAAAUGAAUAUGCCUGUAAAGGACUGGAUCAACUGGAGGAGAGCUUGCCUUUUCUUCAACAGCCAGCAGAUAAGGUAAUCUCAGACACCAAGCAGCUCGUUUCCACCAAAGUGACAUCUGCUAUGGAUGCUGCCUGUGAGGCAAAGGAAGCAAUGGCUGAUAAAAUGACUGAAGCUGUGGACAUCACUAAAAAUGUUGUUGGGGACAGUGUCAAGCUGACUAGGUCAAUGGUCACCUCCACUGUUAACAGUGCUGUGGAGGCUGCUCAGGGUGCAAAGGACCUUGUGACUAACAAGGUGACAGAGGCAGUAGACCUCACUAAACACAUGGUGGAAGACAGCAUUGGACUGACCAAGUCUGCAGUUGCUUCUACUAUUGUGAAUGCUGUGGAGGCUGCCCAGGGUGCCAAGGACCUUGUGACUAACACGGUGACGGAGGCAGUAGAUCUCAGUAAACACAUUGUGGAGGACAGUGUUGGACUGACCAAGUCUGCAGUUGCUUCUACUGUUGUCAAUGCUGUGGAGGCUGCCCAGGGUGCCAAGGACCUUCUGACUAACAAGGUGACUGAAGCCGUGGACCUCAGUAAACAUAUUGUAGAGGAUAGUGUCGGACGGACCAAGUCUGCAGUUGCUUCUACUAUCGUCAAUGCUGUGGAAGCUGCCCAAGGUGCCAAGGACCUUAUGACUAACAAGGUGACAGAGGCAGUAGAUCUCACUAAACACAUUGUGGAAGACAGUGUUGGACUGACCAAGUCUGCAGUUGCUUCUACUAUUACUGCUGCUGUAGGGGCUGCCCAGGGUGCAAAGGAUCUUGUGACCAACACAGUGACUGAAGCAAUGGACCUAACCAAAGGGGCUGUUCAGGAUGGUGUUGAGAAGACCAAAUCAAUGGUCACUUCUACAGUCAAUACAGCUCUGGAUGCUGCAGUGAGCCAAGCAGUGGCAGGUGGUGUAGAAUCUGUCCUGGGUAUAUCAGAAGAUCUGGUGGAUCACUACCUUCCGAUGACAGAGGAGGAACUAGGUAAACUGGCCACCACUGUCGAGGGAUUUGGUGUGGCUUCUGUGGAGGAGCAGAAACAGCAGCAGAGUUACUUUGUGCGUCUGGGUUCCCUCUCUAACAAAGUCCGCCACCGAGCCUACCAGCACUCCCUGAACAAACUGCAGCAUGUUAAACAAAGCACCCAGGAUACUCUCUCACGACUACAACUGGCAAUAAAACUGAUUGAAUCUGUGAAACAAGAGGCUGGCCAGAAGCUUCUGGAUGGGCAGGAGAAGCUCCAUCAGCUGUGGGUGGAUUGGAGCCUGACCCAACCCAAAGGAAACCAAGUUAAAACUGCCUCCCAACCAGAGGUAGAGUCACGGACUCUAGCUAUGCUGCGUAUCAUCACCCAGCAGCUACAACCUGUUUAUGAGAAUCUGAAAGCCAGCAUCCAAGGCCUCCCCAGCAACAUCCAAGAAGCUGUGUAUCAGGCCACUCGAAAUAUCCACAAGCUCCAUAGUUCUUUUUCUAAUGCUAUGUCUUUCCAGGACCUCUCCAGCACCACCCUGACCCAGAGCAAGGACUGUGUGGCAGAAGCCCGAAGGUCCCUAGAUGACCUGUUUGAGUACGUAACUCGGAACACCCCUCUAAACUGGCUUGUGGGUCCCUUCAGGGCAAUAGCUAAAGUGUCACAGGAUAGCAGAAAGCAGAAGAAGAAAGAUAUAGUGACUGAUAUAAAAUCACCUGUGUUGGAAAAGACUACAUCAUCAAAGGAGGUGGCUAAGACACCCGAGGAACCAAAGGGAGGAAACAGGAUCCUGGGGGAAGGGUGUGAAAUGCUAGAGAAGCUGGAAGAGAAGGCAGAGAAAGACACAGAGGUGGCACUGGCUGCAAAGCAGAUAAAAACUAAUGCACCAGAGGAAGAUCUCUGA